UGACCUCCUUGAGGUCGGCCAAUGAAGAGGAGGCGCUGUCGCGGGGAGGCGGGGCUUCGGGGAGGCUGUGGCGUCACAUGACAGAGAGAGACGCUGUCUGGGCUGGUGCUGGUGCUGGCCGCGGGCUUCGAGCGAUCAUGCCAACAACACAGCAGUCUCCUCAAGAUGAGCAGGAAAAGCUCCUGGAUGAAGCCAUUCAGGCUGUAAAGGUCCAGUCUUUCCAGAUGAAGCGAUGCUUGGACAAAAACAAGCUUAUGGAUGCUCUGAAACAUGCCUCCAACAUGCUUGGUGAGCUGCGGACUUCUAUGCUAUCUCCAAAGAGCUAUUAUGAACUCUAUAUGGCUAUUUCUGAUGAGCUACACUAUUUGGAGGUAUAUCUGACAGAUGAAUUUGCCAAGGGAAGGAAAGUGGCGGAUCUUUAUGAACUAGUACAGUAUGCUGGAAAUAUUAUCCCAAGACUCUAUCUGCUGAUAACAGUAGGUGUUGUCUAUGUCAAAUCCUUUCCUCAGUCCAGAAAAGAUAUCCUGAAAGAUUUGGUAGAAAUGUGCCGCGGUGUCCAGCAUCCUCUAAGAGGCUUGUUUCUUCGAAACUACCUUCUUCAGUGUACCAGGAAUAUCUUACCAGACGAAGGCGAACAGACAGAUGAAGAAACCACUGGCGACAUCAGUGAUUCCAUGGAUUUUGUGCUGCUGAACUUCGCUGAGAUGAACAAACUCUGGGUGCGAAUGCAACACCAAGGACACAGUCGAGAUAGAGAAAAGAGGGAGCGGGAAAGGCAGGAACUGAGAAUCCUAGUGGGAACAAACUUGGUUCGCCUUAGUCAGUUGGAAGGCGUUAAUGUGGAGAGAUAUAAACAGAUUGUUUUGCCUGGAAUAUUGGAGCAAGUAGUGAACUGCAGGGAUGCCCUAGCUCAGGAGUAUCUCAUGGAAUGUAUUAUUCAGGUUUUCCCAGAUGAAUUUCAUCUCCAGACCCUUAACCCUUUUCUCCGAGCCUGUGCGGAAUUACACCAAAAUGUGAAUGUGAAAAACAUUAUCAUCGCUUUAAUUGACAGGUUAGCUUUAUUUGCUCACCGUGAAGAUGGACCAGGGAUCCCAGCAGAUAUUAAGCUUUUUGACAUCUUUUCACAGCAGGUGGCCACUGUUAUACAGUCUAGACAAGAUAUGCCUUCAGAGGACGUGGUGUCAUUGCAAGUAUCGCUUAUUAACCUAGCUAUGAAAUGCUAUCCAGAUCGUGUUGACUAUGUUGAUAAAGUGUUGGAGACAACUGUGGAAAUCUUUAAUAAACUUAAUCUGGAGCAUAUUGCAACAAGCAGUGCUGUUUCAAAAGAGCUAACACGGCUUCUAAAGAUCCCGGUUGAUACCUACAACAAUGUCCUGACAGUUCUGAAACUAAAACACUUCCAUCCGCUCUUUGAGUACUUUGACUAUGAGUCCAGAAAGAGUAUGAGUUGUUACGUGCUUAGCAAUGUACUGGAUUAUAACACAGUAAUUGUCUCCCAAGAACAGGUCGAUGCAAUUAUGAACCUAGUAUCAACACUGAUCCAGGACCAACCAGAUCAGCCUGCUGAAGACCCUGACCCUGAGGACUUUGCUGAUGAGCAGAGCCUUGUGGGAAGAUUUAUUCAUCUUCUACAUUCAGAUGACCCUGAUCAACAGUAUCUGAUUUUAAACACUGCCCGGAAACACUUUGGCGCAGGUGGAAACCAGCGUAUUCGUUUCACACUGGCACCCUUGGUUUUUGCUGCAUACCAGCUUGCCUUUCGCUACAAGGAGAAUUCCAACGUGGAUGACAAAUGGGAAAAGAAAUGCCAGAAGAUCUUCUCUUUUGCACAUCAGACCAUCAGUGCUUUAAUCAAAGCAGAAUUGGCAGAGCUGCCUCUGCGGCUUUUUCUCCAAGGAGCACUGGCUGCUGGAGAAAUUGGUUUUGAAAACCACGAAACAGUGGCCUAUGAAUUCAUGUCCCAGGCAUUCUCUCUGUAUGAAGAUGAAAUCAGUGAUUCAAAAGCACAGCUGGCUGCAAUCACCUUGAUAAUUGGAACAUUUGAAAGGAUGAAAUGCUUCAGUGAGGAGAACCAUGAGCCUUUGAGGACUCAGUGUGCACUGGCAGCUUCAAAGCUGCUUAAGAAGCCAGACCAGUGCCGGGCUGUAAGCACUUGUGCCCACCUGUUUUGGUCUGGCCGAAACACUGACAAAAAUGGAGAGGAGCUUCACGGAGGAAAGAGAGUAAUGGAAUGCUUGAAAAAGGCUCUAAAGAUAGCAAAUCAGUGCAUGGAUCCUUCACUCCAAGUUCAGCUUUUUAUAGAAAUUCUGAACAGAUACAUCUAUUUUUAUGAAAAGGAAAACGAUGCGGUGACAAUUCAGGUUUUGAAUCAGCUCAUACAAAAGAUACGAGAAGACCUUCCAAACCUUGAAUCUACUGAAGAAACGGAACAAAUUAACAAACAUUUUCAUAACACACUGGAGCACCUGCGUUUGAGGAGGGAAUCACCAGAAUCUGAAGGGCCAAUUUACGAAGGUCUUGUCCUUUAAAGAAGACACUUGCACAGACAUGCACACACUGUACUUAUUUCUGUCUUUCCAUUUACACACAGUAUGUCUUUUUAUUAUGAUAGAUUUAAUAGACUGUGCCUUUCAGAAAUGCCAAGUUAGGUUACAAUUCAUUAUUUAAAUGUGAUGUGUUCAGUUCAGCACUUCCAAACACUUGCGUUCAAUAUGUUAACAAAUUUAAAGGGUGUUCAGAUUGGACCAGCAACUAUAGAUUUGAUCAUGUUAGCAUGACUGGACCUGUUUCUUUAAAAUUCAUGUGACAUGUUGGGGGCUCUUUUAUUCCACAUUCUGACCUAUCUUUUCUGUCUAUGUUCACUGUCGCUUCUGUAGCACUAUGGGACUCUAACCUGGCAGUGGCUAUCCAUCUCAAAGUGAUCUGAUUUUUUUUUUCUUUUAAUUAGCGCAUUUGAUUUUGGGGGCUAUUGUUUGUUGGAUUCUGCUUGAGCUUUUCUUUUAGUGCAAGUUAAGUCUAAGUGUAAUAUUUUCCCUAAAAACUAGAAUAUAUUAAUGCAUGUUUGGAGAGUUUUAAAACACCAUGCUCAGAAACAAAAGUUAUAUUUUGCGUAUUAGGGCUCUGUGACAUUCAGUGAGGGCCAGUACUGUGCACAGGGCGUAUUUAUCAAGAUAAUUUUGUUCCAAAUAGUAUAAAAAAAAUAGAGAAAUUGUGAUCUAUAUAGUGUAUAUGUAUAACCAUUGUAAAUUUAGGGAAAAAUGCAUUACACAAGUUUAUUCAGUAUCAUGAUUUUGCACCAUUGAAACAAUAAAGUUGCUAUUAACUCUG